CCUAACCUAACCUAACCUAACCUAACCUAACCUAACCUAACCUAACCUAACCUAACCUAACCUAACCUAACCUAACCUAACCUAACCUAACCUAACCUAACCUAACCUAACCUAACCUAACCUAACCUAACCUAACCUAACCAAGCCUUUCGCAAAUACCCUUAACAUACCCAAUUAAAGUUUAAAAAUGAGUUUGGAAAGUUUGGAUGUAAAUUUGGAGGACCUCGACAACCUCUAUUUCUCACCGCCGGAGACACCUGCCCGGCGCGAACAAGCACCAUCGCCAGAUCGCGAUGCAAACUUACAUCCAGUUUUAGAGUUGCUCGAGGAACUCGCCGGCGAUAUUGGAUUUGAAACUAAAAACAUACUUGACAAUCUUGAAACCACAAAAACCCACAGAAGCGUCACAAUAGAAAAUAAACGUGAAAUCAAGACCUCGGCUAAAAAUAUUGCAUCCAUCUUCGACAGUUACGCUGCACAGAUGCGUACACAAAUUCGUAACAUCCUGUUACAAACUCCCACCCCUACAGAUCAGUCGUCGAAAGGAGUUCAAACCGACCCUGACGACAAUCUGCAGGAGCAAGCGAACAACGUCGUGGCGACUGUCCAGGCGGAACUUGACCAGAUUCGGGAGGAGCAAAGAGCCCUCAGCGAGCUGGUCAAGACAGCAAUCUCCGAAAAGCAAUCGGACUGCAUCGAAGAGAUCAGACGCCCCACUUACAGCGAGCAGCUCCGCAAACCUCCGACCACCAAGCCCAAAACCAACCCCGCACUAGUUGCGACGGUUGAGACCGCAAAAUCAACAGCUGAGGCAUUGGGCACCUUCAGGCAACAAAUAUCAUUUAAAAACCAAAAUUUCGCACCAACAAAAUUGAAACCUCUCACUGCCACAAAAAUCCGUAUCGAGUUUGAAAUAAACAGCAGCGUGACGAAACACUGCUCAGGCUUAACAACACCACCAUCAAAGCUGAGCCUGCCAGGACCCUCUCGCCGAUGGUUAUUCUGAAGGGUAUUUACAAGGAUACCCUGAAGGAUGAACUUGUCGGAAUAAUAUCCUCUCAGAACCCAUCGGUGAGAGCAACCCUGAGUGAUGAUAACAGGCUCGAGCUGUGUUUCGUCACAAAUAACCGCAACCCCAACCUUUACAACGCGGUUUUCAAGUGUCCACCCUAACAUGGCGAGCAAUUAUGGAACUACAAAGGCUCAAUAUAGAACACCAGCGUGUACACGCUACCGAGCACUCGCCAUUUAAGCAAUGUCUUAGCUGCUUGCAGUUUGGACACACACGUGUCCACUGCAAAUCAACCAUCAAACCAUGCUCCCAUUGCGCCGACCAAACACACAACUACAAAACCUGCCCCAACCGAAAUAUAAUACCCAAAUGUUAUAACUGCCACAAUCAUAACUUAAAAUAUAAAACCCAGCACGAUACCAACCACACGGCAAUAAAUCUAACCUGUCCCCGUCUCGCUGCAGCAAAAUCCAAUGUAGAAAGCAGAAUUACAUACGAGUAAACUAGUAAUUAAUGGCGUCUUGACAAAUAAUAGAACAACAUACUAAAUUAUAUCACAUCGUCUCAUACUUGUAAUUUCAUAUCACAUCAUCCAAAUUCCUAAAGUAAUACUGUAUAUUCCGAGAAAUUUAAAAAACAUACAAUCAAUUAUUAUAACAAAAAUCUUAUUUAAGGAUAUAUGGCCGCCCGUAUCUCUGCGGGGACCAUAUGUCCACAUGUACAACCAUAAACAAAAUCAGAUUUUUAUAUCGUGCAUCACUAUCUCAUAGAUAGUGAUGACAAAUCUGAUAUCAGAAAAUCAUAAUUACCUAUCGCAUAUGUCACCGCGGACACAGGGUCGCCCGUAUCUAUAGCGAGGGCCCUGUGUCUUCAUCAGACACUUAAAAUCCUUUUAAAAAAAAAAAAAAAAACCUAACCUAACCUAACCUAACCUAACCUAACCUAACCUAACCUAACCUAACCUAACCUAC